AUGGCGGACUUAAAGUACGAAUUGACAAAGCAAGAGGAUAAUGUCGGAAAUGAUGUGAUGGUUUCAUCUUCAGAGAAACAGCCUAGGUUAAAGCCAAAGCAAAAAACAUGUGCUAUUAUUGUUGUAGGUGUACUGGUAUUUAUAAUCUUAUUGCUUCUCAUUGGAAUCAUUGUUAUUGGAGUUGCACUACACAAAGCCAGACAAAAACAGCCUUCACCAUGUCUUACUUUGGAUUGUAUCAAUGCAGUUUCAGAUGUGGCUCGUUCAGUGGACAACUCCGUUGAUCCUUGUAACGACUUCUACCAGUACGCGUGCGGUAAAUGGUCGCAGAAUAACCCAACGCAUGAAUCCAAAUCAUCUUGGGACCCAAUUUCACAGAGGGCUUUCCAAAACCAGGAAAAAAUUAAACAUUUGAUUGUUGGAAAAGAAACAAGAGGUCGUUACUAUCAGAAGGAAGCAUUCAGGAAGAUAUUUGAUUUGUACGAUUCGUGCGUCGAUGACAACACCAUGAGUGAACUUGGAGGAAAACCUUUGAAGGAUUUAAUGGACAGUCUUAGCUCGAGUCCAGGCUUAAAUUCAUCGUGGAACGAGGGCUCAUGGGACUUCAAUUCCGUGAUCCUUGAAAUCAACAGGAAUUAUACUCCGUUCGUGUUCUUUAAACUAUGGGUGCAGCCGUUGGAAGCGAAUUCUUCUGUUAAUGGAAUUUUCAUGCAGUCUGGAGGAAUGAGCCUAGCUUCGUCGCGCUACAACUCUAACCACACAAGAAACGUGGAAAUUAAAAACGCAUACAAGGCUCAUAUGAUGCGGCUAUUUAAACUUCUUGGGUUGAACCAAAAUCAGUCACAAGAAAUGAUGGAGAGCGCGUUUUCAGUGGAAACAAAAAUAGCUGAGCUGUCACGGAAUGUGCCUGACGCUCUUAAAGAAGAGGUGCUUACCAUAAAAGAAAUGGAUAAAGAUGAAGAGAAAACAAAGAUUAACUGGUUGGAAUUCUUUACGAAGCUUUUCGAGGACACAGACUUUAAACCUACAGAAAGCACCCAAAUCGCUCUUCAAAGUCGUACUUUUUUCAAAUCACUCAAUCGAUAUCUUUAUAAUGCAUCAAAGAGCGACCUAGCUAACUACAUGAUGUGGCGAUUGAUUAACCAUUACUCCAGUAUAUUAUCCAAGCCUUUCCGUCAAUCGUUACCCACCUUUUACAAGGUCUUCCGGGGAACAGUGCCAGAGGUACCUCGAUGGGAAACAUGCUUGAUGGAAGUCAAGUCGUACUUUGGGAUGGCUAUAGGACGCAUGUUCGUCGAGGAAGUCUUUAGAAAUGGCAGCAAGGCUGAGGUUACAGAGAUGGUAGAGAACAUUAAAGAAGUUUUUAUACAAGACUUUGAUCAAGUUGAUUGGAUGGACAGUAAAACACGAGCAGUUGCCAAGGAAAAGGCAAAGGCCAUGGACGAACAUGUUGGUUAUCCUGAGUUCAUCAUGGAUGAUAGCAAACUAGCUGAUUUAUACAAAAAGAUGGAUGUGAGGAACGACACUUAUUUUCGGAAUUACUUGUCAAUCGAUAAAAUUGACAAGAAAAAGACAUUCGAAAAAAUGGGAAACCCCGUUAACAAGGAAAGCUGGGAAAUGUCUCCAACAACAGUCAAUGCCCUCUAUAAAAGUACCUCCAACUCCAUCGAUAUUCCUGCAGGAAUUCUACAAAAACCUUUUUUCUCGGAGACCUACACAAAUUCUCUAAACUUUGGUGGCAUUGGCUCCAUCAUUGGGCAUGAGAUGACCCAUGGUUUUGACAACCUAGGGAGGACUUACAACCAAAAGGGGAAUCUUAAAAAAUGGUGGUCCAACUCGUCAAUUGAAAAUUUCGAACGUCUUGCGAAAUGUUUCGUGGAUCAAUACUCCAACUUUACGUACGAGGGUACAAAUUUGAAUGGAGAAACCGUCCUUGGAGAAGUUAUAGCUGAUAAUGGCGGUGUAGAAAUAUCCUUCAAGGCUUACAAACUGUGGGUCAAAGCACAUGGCCAGGAGCCCAUGCUACCAGGAAUCAACCUUAGUCACGAACAAAUGUUUUUCCUCUCCUACGCUCAAAUAUUUUGUGCUUCUUACAGUAAAGGAUCUGCUGCGAGGAUGAUCUCAUACGCGCGACAUCCUAUCAACCCGUUGAGAGUCAAAGGAGUGAUGGUCAAUUCACAUGAGUUUUCCAGAGCCUACAAUUGCCCUGUAGGAUCUCCAAUGAAUCCUGCCAAAAAGUGUAAAAUUUGGUAA